CAAAAAAGAAAAAAAAACUGAGAGAGAUGUUGCUGGCCCUAUAUAAGGUGCAGUCACCUCCUGCAGAGUGCAUCAAGAAUCACAGCAAAGUGCUGAGUGCUGUAGCUGCAACCUGCUGGAACGGACUAUAUCGGACGGUGAGCCAUGGCCUACCUGCAGACCUUGUCCAAGAGCUUCCCAGGAUGGGUUUUCUUCUGUUGCUGUUGCUGUCUCCCUCUUCUUCUCACCAGCUCUCUGCCUCUGAAAGGGGCUUCUACUUCCCAUCAUGCCUGCAGGCUCAGGAAGAUCAACUUCCAGCAGCCCUACAUUAGGAAUCGCACCUACACCUUGGCUAAAAUGGCCAGUGCCUCGGACAAGGACACAGAUAACAGAUUGAUUGGGCAGCAGCUCUAUGUUAACAUCAAGGAAAACAACCGCUGCUACCUGAUGAAGAGGGUUGUGGAGAUUGUGGUAAAAGAUGUUCUCCUCACUGAGGUCAAGAAUCAGUACCCAUAUGUUGAGGAGGUUGCACAGUUCUUGGCAUCCCUGACCUCGGAGCUGAGCAGAUGUAAAUUCUCAGGAAACAGAGAGCACAUUGAAAAGAACCUGGAACAAAUGAAGAACAAAAUGGAACAGUUGGGAGAAAAUGGAAAGACUAAAGCCGUUGGAGAAUUGGAUUUACUGUUUGACUACAUGGAAAAUGCCUGCACUGGUAUCACAAAGAAGGGAGGGAACAAGGAGAAAAACUGAGAAAAUUUCAGAUCAGCCUUGAAGAGAUGUCUCUGAAAAUCUCUUGUGAUAACUCAAACUGAUUAGCUGUUACAGCAACUACACCCAUUCCCCCCAGAUGCAAUAUGUUUUUCACUUGUGUCAAAACUAGCAAACUAAGUGGGCAGAGACAGGAUGAUUACUGCUGCCUUCUUUGAAAAUGAAAACUCCAGGACACUGCAGCUCCAUUUAAACACAGGCCAUUAGUUAUUUUCAAAGGCACACUCCUGUCCUCCCCAUCUCCGUAGGAAUAAGGCAACUGUUUCUGUCUUUUAUGUGUUGAAAUUUGACACCUAUGGAUCAGCUUUGAUCAAGGUAGGCAGUUAAAGGUAGCCAGGAAGUUUUGAGCCUCUUACCUGGAAGUCUAUCUUGAAUAUGUUGUCCUCUUCUGACCUUUGCCUGAAAAGCUG